CCGGCCCUUGAAUUGUCAGCCCGGGUGGUGCUCUGCCCCACUGGAUUUGACAGCGCACAGGACAAGAGGACAGGUUUUGCGCACGCUUGCCAUCAAAAGCAUAUGACAGACUUGCAGUAGAGAGGGAAGCCCGGUCUCAUGGUUGGUGCUUCAUUUGCCCUUCGAGGGGAGCGUGGAGAAGUGCUGGCUGAUUGAAUGUCACCUACACUCACCAUGGAUUAUGGACGGACCAUGGCUCCUCCGGUGCCCCCGCAUAAUCCUAAACCCGCCCGGCCAGGGCAGGCGCAGGAGCGGCUCCUGAAGUGCGUCCUGCUCGGCGACGGAGCGGUGGGCAAAACCAGCCUGGUGGUGAGCUACACAACGAACGGCUACCCAACCAGAUACGUUCCUACUGCAUUUGAUGACUUCUCUGCUGUGGUUCAGGUGGAUGGAAACCCCAUUAGGCUACAGUUAUGCGAUACUGCAGGACAGGAUGAGUUCGACAAACUCCGCCACUUCUGCUACAGUCGGACCGACGCCUUGCUGCUCUGCUUCAGUGUGGUCAGCCCUGCUUCCUUUCAAAAUGUCUGGGAGAAGUGGGUCCCUGAAAUCUGCCGCCGUUGCCCUCUCACGCCCAUCCUCCUAGUAGGUACACAGUGCGACCUUCGGCAGGACGUCAAGGUGCUGAUCGAGCUGGCGAGGAGGAGAGAGAGCCCCGUGCCGGAAGAAGAUGCCAGGGCAUUAGCAGAAAAAAUUGGGGCAGUGACGUAUAUCGAGUGCUCCGCGCUGACACAAAAGAAUCUGAAGGAGGUGUUUGACGCAGCCAUUGCUGUGGGGUUACGGCACUGUGACAGGAGGCCGCGGCGGGAGAGGAAGGUACGCAGCACAGCUGAUAAGAUGAAGAUGCUUUCCAAGUCCUGGUGGAAGAAGUAUGUGUGCGUGCAGUAGGGAGGGCGGAGAUAAUCGUUCUGUGACUGGUAUAAAACUGGAACUGCUGACUUGUUUGGAAGGACUGUAUUGGAUGUAGGGGCUUCUGUUUUCACAAGCACCUGGGUGAUUCCAGAUGCUCUGGCUAGAAUAACUUUAAUUCAGUGGAGCAACAGCUCAACAGGGAGUGUGUCUGCCUGAGCUGUGGAGCAGUGGAUGGUUUCAGUUUGACCAAAAAAGAUUCUUUGCUGAUGCCUGAAAAGAGAGGCUGUAAACCACUGUCUGCUCCUUACGACCAGUCUGAACUAUUAAACACGACUGUGACCAGCAUCCAACCAAAAAUGACAGAGCUAGUAAGAUUUUAUGGUACAUGAUCAGCAUAUCAUACUGGACUUGUCCAAAGGAAAUGGAGGGGAGGUGUUCAGUUGGUGAUGCUAUGUGUACUAAAAGUAUACUCCUCCUAAGUGUCUGAUUUGAUACCCUUCUUUUAAAAAGUAUAUAAUUUUAUUUGUUCUACACUGUAAUUCAGCCCCCAACACGUCUGAUAAGUAUUCAGUGUAAACCGCCAGUCAAAGAUAUAAUAAUUCUACCAGCGACAAUCAAAGCUAAACCUGCACCAGUUUCCAAAAUCAGAAACAUUCAUACAGUAACUUCAGUGACAAAUUAAGUGUUGGAGCAGAUCAAAAUUAUUUGAACUCAUUCUCUUUUGGGUUGCAAUCAAAUGUAAAUGAGUAUAAAUUUUAUAGCAUUCUUGAGCAUAGUUUGAAUGGAUUACAUUGUGCUUUCAACUGUCACCUUAGUCUGGCAUUGACUUCUGUGUGACUGCAAGCUGGUGUGGGGAUUCCUCUAUACCAGCUCGUGUCUGUGCCACCUUUUGGAGCGUUGAUACAGCUGUCACACUGUUAGUCCACCACAUAGUCAGAUUUGUAAGCCUCCCCACCAAUAAACACCAGCCAGUCUAUACUGGAUAACAUAUUUUCUUUAGGUUUUGAAGGUUUGAACAUUUCAGGUGUUCACUUUGGCUGAAAAGCUUCAGGCGAAAUAUUAUAGCCAGUUCAUUAGUUUCAGCGACUUUUUGUUACUGAUACAGGGUCGUAGCAAUAAGUUGGGUGGUGCCACUGUACAUUGCACUUAUUACACACGGUCCAGACACAUCACCGAGAUCUUGCCAUGCACUGGCCUUUGAACAAGUGAUGUGGAAACUUGAUACAGAGCAAGUGGUGCUUGACACACAGGUUUACUCAGUGUCACUGAAAUGGAUGAGUCUGAUCUGCAUGUUCCCUGCACUACAGCACUGGGUUGGAUGAUCGCAGGGUCUUUCUUUGUCAUUGUAGUCUGCGGCCUUAGACAGAUAAUUAUCUGUCUUUGUUGGUUAGUAUAAUAGAGCUCACUCCUCUUUUGAAAUCAUGCAGUAAAUGAGGUGAAAUCACUGACUGAUUCUAUGUUUGCUUCUUAUUUUUCAGAAGCCUGUCAUUCAGCUCUGUCUAUUUAUCCGUUCCUUGUCAGCCAAUAACUGAUCAACAGCAAUGCAGCGCAGAUGUACUGUAUGAAAAAGUCAUAUGUCAUUAUGUAUGUCACAUAGUAAUCAUUUAUGAUGUUUGUAAUGUCAUCAGGAUUAAUCUGUGUGUACAUACAUAAGUGACUCGGUCACUGGCCGUGCUGUCCAACUCUAAAUGGUACUUCAGUGUUUCAGUUGGUGUCUGAUUCUUGCAUGAGAGCAGUCUGUUGAGCUGUAUGAGAGA